AUGUUCCGACUUAUUGGAGUUGCAGUGUUGCUGCUGGUGUUUUCAUCAGCGAGUGCAAAAAGUGCUCGUCAUGAAGUGCGGAAAUUUCCAGACGAUUUUCUGUUUGGAACAGCAACAGCAUCAUAUCAAGUUGAGGGAGCUUGGAAUGUUGAUGGAAAAUCUGAAAACAUCUGGGAUCGCCUGAGCCACACAACUUGCGUUAUUAAUAACUGCGAUACAGGUGAUAUCGCAGACAAUUCAUAUUACAAAUACGAAAGAGAUGUUGAAAUGAUGAGAGAGCUUGGCUUAGACUUCUAUAGAUUCUCACUUUCAUGGACCAGAUUAUUGCCCACCAGUUUUCCUGACCACAUAAACGAAGCUGGAGUCAAUUACUACAAUAAUUUAAUAAAUGAAAUGCUCAAGUAUAAUAUUAAGCCAAUGAUUACUCUGUACCACUGGGAUUUGCCACAAAAACUACAAGACUUGGGCGGCUGGACUAAUCCACACAUCGUCGAUUGGUUUGUGGAUUAUGCAAGAGUUGCUUUCGAAUUGUUUGGAGAUAGAGUUGAUACAUGGUUUACUAUUAAUGAACCGAGAGAAGUUUGCUAUCAAGGAUACGCUGCGAGUACUAAAGCACCUAACCUAAAUAUCACAGGGUAUGGUGAAUACCUUUGUGCUAAAAAUUUAUUGGUGGCUCAUGCAAAAGUCUAUCACAUGUACCAUAAUGAAUUUAAAUCAAAUGAUGACAAACAAAUCGGUAUUGUAUUUAGUAUACGUUGGUUUGAACCGGAAUCCGAGGAACAUAUACAAGCAGCAGAUGAAGUGUCACAAUUCGAGUGGGGUCAAUAUGUCUACCCUAUAUACUCGGAGUCUGGAGACUGGCCACCGGCAAUGAAAGAAAACAUCGCUGCCAAGAGUGCAGCACAAGGAUUUUACAGAUCGCGUUUACCAGAAUUUACGGAGGAAGAAGUGUCUAUGAUCAAGGGCAGCUCUGAUUUCUUCGGCCUCAACCAUUACACGACGUUAUUAGUUUAUAGAAAUGAGUCCGUGAACGGAUUAUACAAUUCUCCUUCAUAUUUAGAUGACAUUAACGCAGUUAUGUACCAACCUUCAGAAUGGGAGUUUUCCUAUCCCGGUACUACAUGGUUAAAGGUGGUGCCUUGGGGCUUCUACAAACUUUUGACUAAAAUAAAAGAGGACUUUGGCAACCCUCCCGUGUACAUAACUGAAAACGGGUGCUCCACUACUGUUGGUCUUGAAGAUGAUAUGCGAGUUUCAUACUACAAGCAAUACCUGAGUGCUAUGUUAGACGCAAUGGAAGAAGGAUCUAAUGUAAAAAUUUAUACUGCGUGGAGUUUAAUGGACAAUUUCGAAUGGUACUUCGGAUAUGACGAUCGUUUCGGUCUAUAUGAAGUGGACUACGAUGACGAGGAGCGCACGCGCACGCCCCGCAAAUCCGCCUAUUUCUAUAAGGAGCUUUUACGUACGCGCGCACUCGACGUACACUAUGAACCUGAUAUGUCUGUUCCUAUGACGAUCGAUGAAGGACAUUAA